AUGUCAUCGAAAAAUCACUGUGUGAGUGUUUCGUUCAGAAAUGGCAUUGGCAUCAUAAACUUUGGUGAAGGUGAAAAACGACUGAGUUUAGAUUUUGUACGAUGCUACAGUGAAGCAUUAGAUGAAGUAGAAAGGAAUACAGAGUGUAAAGCUGUCAUAUCAACAGCAAGUGGAAAGUUUUUCAGUAAUGGUUUAGACUUACAAUAUUUACGAUCAGGGAAUAACCGAGAAGAAUAUUUAAAUACUAUAAAACAAUUCUUGACACGUAUUCUCACAUUUCCCAUUCCCACGUUAGCAGCUUUAAAUGGACACAGUUUUGCUGGUGGAUAUUUACUAGCGUUAUGUCACGACUAUCGAAGUAUGAGGACGGAACGAGGCUGGUUAUCGAUGAACGAAGUUUUUAUUGAUCUUCGACUCAGUCAAUUCUUCAUGGAAGUUAUAAUACACAAGAUACCUCGGGGCCCAGUACAAAAUGAAUUGUUAAUUUAUGGGAAAAGAUUCACAGCUCCAGACGCGUUGAAAGACAGACUCAUAGAUUUUAUAUUUGACAAAUCAGAACUGCAAAUAGAAUCAGAAAAAAUUAUGCUGGCAAUCGUUACUAAAUUUAAACACAAUCGUCAAAGUUUCCAAAAUAUGAAGUUAGACUUGUAUCAUGAGGCUAUUCAUGCAUCAGUUGUAGACAUGUAUAAAGGGAGAUCUAAAUUAUAGGUGAAAUAAAUUCUGGAUUCAUCUUUACCCCUUUGUCUGGGUUCUGUGGCAAUUUUAAGGUAACAGAAUUUAACAUUUAUUGGAGGGAGGUAGGGAUUUUCAAAAAAAAAAUGCAUUUGUUAUGUCUGUUACCAAAAAUGACCAAUACAUUUAGAGCUCAAGUAAGACAUGACGGUAAAUGCAGCCGAAUCAAAAACCCUUACACAUCCUGUCAGUGAGAUGGGUACUAGUUAGAUUAAACCUCAGUUCAUUUUUAAAAGUCCAAUCUGUCCAGGAUAUCAUUCUCCAUUCAUUACUAUAGCAAGAAAAUAAAGUACUACCUCCUUAAUUCUUUUUUAAAAUUGUUAAUACUAUGAAGAUAGUUAUUAAACUUUUGUAAAUAUUC